AUGCUCAACGCUAUACCCGAUACACGGAAUAGAAACGAUAGAAUUGCAGGUUUUCUAACACCAAAUGACAUAGUUACUAUUGAUGAUGAUGAUGAACAUGAACUUGUAAGUAACGAUGAUAAAUACCAGCAUGAAUUAUAUAAUAUGGAUCAACGACGUCAAUCAUCAUCUUCUAUUCACAGUGAAUCAAGCUCAAGUAUUGGAGCUCCACCAACAAAUCCUACAGCUGAUACGGCUCAACGAACAACAUCUGAAGAUAUUCGUGGGAGUGCUAUUCGAUCACACACUCCAUGGCUUCGUUUAUUAGCUGAAUGCCUUGCAGAAUUAAUUGGUACAGCUAUUCUUGUUUUAUUCGGAUGUUCGGGCAUUGCUCAAUAUACUCUUUCACGUGGUACACUUUCGAGUUUUUUAUCAGUUAAUUUUGCUUUCGGUCUUGGAGCAAUGAUUGCUGUUUAUGUUGCUGGUCCUGUAUCAGGUGCUCAUAUUAACCCAGCUGUAUCAAUCGCGAUGCUUAGUUUACGAUCGAUUACACCUUUACAAUGUCUUUCUUAUAUUAUAGCCCAAUUUAUUGGUGCAUUCAUUGCGGCUGGUUUAGUAUUUGGUACGUAUUUUGAUGCAAUAAAUCAAUUUGAUCAUGGUGUACGACAGGUAACAGGUAUACAAGCAACUGCUGGAAUAUUUGGUACAUUACCUGCACAAGGUGUUAGUCAAAUAUCCCUAUUCUUUGAUCAAAUUCUUUCAACAGCUUUGUUACUUAUUGGUAUUUGUGCAUUAUCAAAUAAACGAAAUAAACUUGUAGCAAAUGCUCUAAUUCCACUUGCUGUUGGUUUUAUUAUUGUUGCAAUUGGUGUUGCUUUUGGAUACAAUUGUGGUUUUCCAAUAAAUCCAGCACGUGAUUUUGGUCCACGUUUAUUUACUCUUUGUGUUGGUUAUGGAUCAGAAGUAUUUAGUGUUGGUAAUUAUUAUUUUUGGAUACCAUUAAUAGGUCCAAUAUUUGGUGGAAUAAUUGGUGCAUGGGUUUAUCAUGGUUAUAGUAAAUUAAUGAAAAUACAUAUUGGUGAAGAUGAUAGAGAAAUAGCUCGUGCACGUUAUCAAGUUGAUGUGCAAAAUGUAACACGCAUGUAA